CCAAAGACUACUUUAAAAUGGUUUAUUCUGUACUCAAUUGUAAAUACUAUGAAGUAAGAAGUAAGCAAAAAAAUUUGUAUUUUUUUCCCCACUAAACCAGCUAAAAGGAAAAAUUUAAUUAAUCUGAUGAGAUACUAGACAUCAUUAUAAAAAUUUGAUAGAGAUAAAGAGACAAAUGGUUUUUCACUUUAAAAGUCUGAAUCAGAAAAAAGGAUCAACCAGUUAAUUUAAUAUACUCUAUGAGAAAUUUUAUCUAAGAAAUGGAAAUGCGUCCACCGGCGCCUCAUUGAUUGGCAGGAAGAACUGCGCCGUGCCAAACUAGGCGCCUUCACAUUACCUGCAAGGCAAAAGAUCUACAUUGGCUAGCCACUCCCUCCCACAACGAUCCGCCCGUCCUAUUGGCCCGUCGCUCCCCACCGCAGUUAUAAAACCCGAGCGUAAACGUCAAAAUUCCUCAAACGACGUCCAGACAUCGAGAGUGUUCGUAGCUCCGUUCACUUCAGUGUAGUUCCGAGUUCAGUUUCAGUGCAAAACAUCAAACCAAAAUGAAGUCGAUCGUUAGUGCAGUGUGCGCAGACAACGCUAUGUCGAUGUCCUCCAAAGUGGCCAAACGGAAGGAUAUCGAAAACGAGGAGAUCCAAAUGUAUCUCUCCAAGUUGAAGGAUUUGGUGCCGUUCAUGCCCAAAAACAAGAAACUUUCUAAAUUGGAGGUUAUACAAUACGUUAUUGACUAUAUUUGUGAUUUGCAAAACGCGUUGGAAACGCAUCCGGCCGUUAACGCGUUCGACGCAGCGACUGCGUUGAGUCAGAAGAAAUCGCAGAAUGCUGUUAGUCCUAGACAACCUUUGGGAGUGAGGCCGAGUCCUAAUACCAUUUUGACACCUUGCGAGGCGACCGUUUUGCAAAAUAUUACGACAACGGAAGCGCUCACGCCAUCAGAUAGGCAGAUAUCCUGCUAAUACCUUGGAGGAUCUUCAUCAUCCACGUGAUCAUCGUCAUCUCAUUCCAUUUUCCCUAAAAGAAAAGAAAAAAAACCAGAGAAAAAAAUCGUCUUGAUAUUAUUUGUAUAAAAGAAAAAAUCCACUUAGGGACCGACUGAUAUAUCAUCUAUUAAUUAGUGAUAAGAAUGGAGAGCAGAGUGUUUGUGGUAAAUGCGUUCUGACAGAAGAAGAAAGGAAAAGAAUGCAUGGAGCAGCACAUAGUGAUGUACCUGUUAUGUUGCAAUUUUGUUAAUUAGAUUUUAUUUUAUUGUUUAUGUAUAUAUAGAUCAUGAAUUAGGCGGGUUAAAAACAAUUUAUAAUAUACCGACGUACCUUCAUACGCGCGGAAACGCGCGUUUGAAGAUGUAUUUCAUAGCGCAGCUUCUUCGUAUUUGUGGAAAACCUCAAGAAAAUUCAGUGAAAUCUAUUAAAUGUUAUCAGCAAACUUUUAAAUAACGACAG